AUGCAAUUCUCCACCGUCGCCUUAUUCGCUGUUGUCGCUGCUUCUGUCAACGCCAGUGUUGUCACUGAAGUUGACACCGAAUCUACCUUAGUCACCAUCACUAGCUGUGAAUCUACCGUCACUGACUGUCCAGCCCGUGAAACUUCUGCUCCAGUUUCUUCUUCUGCUGCUCCAGCUAACUCUACCAUUGCUGGUGUCUCCACUUACGAAGGUGCUGCUGCUAAGGGUCAAUACGCUGCCGGUGUCGCUGCUUUAGCUGCCGGUGCUUUAUUAGCUUUAUAA